AUGUCUUCGACGAUGUCGUCAAUGAUUUCGCCGAAACCAACGCUCAUUCGUGUGAAGCGAAGGGCAGACGAAGAGAAGACACUUUCGGCCAAAAGAUGCAAAUUUGUGGGAACCAGUCAUUCGGCCGAAGACACCGACAUAUACCAGUUGCUGAAGACAUCCAAUACACCACUACCUCCCAGUCUGGUGGCCGACCACACCAUUGACACCACCAUCAAGAUCUUGGACUACGAAGAGGUGUUCCCAUCGGACAAACACAAAGACAUUAUCACAUGCAAUGGACAGCCGUUAGAAGCCGUUGACAACCAAUUGAACGACUCUUUGGACUACUUGUAUGACAUAUACGUCUACGAAGACGACGGAUCCCUUGCCGGCGAUAAUGGGAACGAAUGGCGCGAAUGCGGUGAUGAAGAGGACGACGAGAACGACGAGAACUACGCCUACAAUGACUAUCCGGACGACUCGGAAGUGUCGGACGAUAUAAUCGAUUUCUACAGCUAUAGAGACAACCGAUCGGACAGUCAGACAGAUCUUCGGCGCGUUUUAGAGAAGAGUUACGUCUCACCCGACUAUGACUUAAGCGAUGAGGACAUCGAUGGUUUGGAUGAAUGCUAUCUGAAACACCGGCCGUCGCGUGACUAUAACGACGAUGACGACGAAGAGGAGGAAAGAGUGGUAACCGGAGACCACUGAUUGGAAAACUUCAAUAAAUGUCAAUUCAAUUGAAUUGUUUGCAAAUAUCCUAUUAUUUUGGAGUGAAAUACAAAUGAUGCCAAUAAUUGCCUUUUAAUUUAGUUUUAAUAUUAAUGUUUUUAAUGUAAAUACGAAUUGUUGUCAUUUUUAUGCAAAUAUUUAAUAUGUACUGUACUUUGGAUUUUAGUGUUGAUACAACCAACUCAUGAGUGGAC